UGCACAAAGCAGCUCAUCUCGGAGCGGUUUGGCCGUGGCUCCCGCACAGUGGACCUGGAGCUGGAGACGCAAAUCGAGCUGCUGCGGGAGACCAAGCGCAAGUACGAGAGCGUGCUGCAGCUCGCACGGGCUCUCACCUCCCACUUCUACAGCCUGGUGCAGACGCAGCACGCGCUGGGGGAUGCCUUCGCCGACCUCAGCCAGAAAUCACCGGAGCUCCAGGAGGAGUUUGGGUACAAUGCGGAGACACAGAAGCUGCUCUGCAAGAACGGGGAGACGCUGCUGGGUGCCGUCAACUUCUUCGUCUCCAGCAUCAACACGCUGGUCAACAAGACCAUGGAGGACACACUCAUGACAGUCAAGCAGUACGAGACAGCCAGGCUGGAGUAUGACGCGUACCGCACGGACCUGGAGGAGCUGAGCAUGGGCCCACGGGAUGCCGGCACCUUGAGCCGCCUGGAUGCAGCCCAGAGCCACUUCCAGAGCCACAAGGACAAGUACGAGAAGCUGCGGGCGGACGUGGCCAUCAAGCUCAAGUUCCUGGAGGAGAACAAG